AUGACAGCCGCUAUUCUAUACACUGGCACAGAUUCUUUCAUGGGUUAUCUAGUCUUCCAUGUAUGUGGUCAACUCGAAAAUUUCAGGAUGCGUAUUCUUAAUUUGGAUAAAUUCAAUCACUACGAGAAAGCACUAUCAUCUAGUGUGCAGGAUCAUAUACAUCUUAUCAGGUUUCGUACUGAUGAAACAAAUAAAGAAAUAAUAACACAAGGUAGCAAUCUCUCAAUUCUUCGACUUAUUUACAUCCUGACAGCUGUCAUUAAUACAUUUACACAUAUGUGUCUUUAUUGUGUGGUAGGUGAAUUUUUAGUCAUUCAAUGUGAAGAGGUAUAUGAGGCUGUUUAUAACUACGAAUGGUACAAUUUAAAACCGAAACAAGCCAAAAAUCUAUUGAUUAUAAUGAUGUUAGUCAAUAGGCCACUGUACCUUACUGCAGGAAAACUUUUUCCUAUGACGAUGGCUACAUUUUGCAAUCUGUUAAAAACAUCUGGUGGUUACAUAUCAGUUUUAUUAGCACAUCGUAAUUAA